AAGCGGAAGCGGGCCGGCCGGCGCUGAGGUGCGGAAGCGGCUGGCGGAGGCCGGCGUUUCGGUUCGGUGGGUCGGCGGUGGUGGGAAGGGCGGCUCCGGUCAGCCGCAGUCGGUCUCGUCUCGCGUUCUUCUCCUUCCCGGCUCCCCGCCAUGGCGGGCAACCUGCAGAAAGCGAUAGACCUUGCUAGUAAGGCAGCACAAGAAGAUAAAGCAGGAAACUAUGAAGAAGCCUUCCGUUUGUACCAGCAUGCUGUGCAGUAUUUUAUCCACGUCGUUAAAUAUGAAGCACAGGGUGAUAAAGCAAAACAGAGCAUUAGAGUGAAGUGUGCAGAAUACUUGGACAGAGCAGAAAAACUGAAAGAAUAUCUGAAAAAGAGAGAAAAAACUGCGCCAAAGCCAGUUAAAGAGUCUGGUCCUUCUGAUGGAAAAGGGAAUGACAGUGAUGGGGAAGGAGAGUCAGAGGAUCCUGAGAAAAAGAAACUACAGAAUCAACUUCAAGGUGCCAUUGUUAUGGAGCGACCAAAUGUGAAAUGGAGUGAUGUUGCUGGCCUUGAAGGUGCCAAAGAAGCACUUAAAGAAGCAGUGAUCUUGCCCAUUAAAUUUCCACACUUGUUCACAGGAAAGAGAACACCCUGGAGAGGGAUUCUUCUUUUUGGACCACCAGGAACAGGAAAGUCUUAUCUAGCAAAAGCUGUUGCAACAGAAGCAAACAAUUCCACUUUCUUUUCAGUAUCUUCUUCUGACCUGGUCUCAAAGUGGUUGGGAGAGAGUGAAAAAUUAGUGAAAAACCUGUUCCAGCUUGCCAGAGAAAACAAGCCCUCUAUUAUCUUCAUUGAUGAGAUAGAUUCACUGUGUGGGUCAAGAAGUGAAAAUGAAAGCGAGGCUGCUAGACGGAUUAAAACAGAAUUUUUAGUCCAGAUGCAAGGGGUUGGUGUUGAUAAUGAAGGAAUAUUGGUCUUGGGAGCAACAAACAUACCCUGGGUUUUGGAUUCUGCUAUCAGGAGAAGGUUUGAGAAGCGUAUUUAUAUUCCUUUACCUGAAGACCACGCCAGGGCUGCCAUGUUCAAACUGCACCUUGGGUCAACUCCAAAUCUCCUAACAGAAGCAGAUUAUCGGGAGCUUGGGAAAAGAACCGAUGGCUAUUCUGGUGCAGAUAUCAGCAUCAUUGUACGCGAUGCCCUGAUGCAGCCUGUUAGAAAAGUGCAAUCAGCUACUCACUUUAAAAAAGUAAAAGGACCAUCAGUGUCGAAUCCAAAUAUCAUGGUAGAUUUGUUCACCCCUUGCUCUCCAGGUGAUCCUGAAGCUGAAGAAAUGACAUGGAUGGAUGUUCCAGGAGAUAAAUUACUGGAGCCUAAAGUUUCCAUGGCUGAUAUGCUCAGCUCACUAGCUAGCACAAAGCCAACAGUUAAUGAGCAGGACCUGGAGAAGUUAAAGAAAUUUACAGAAGACUUUGGUCAGGAAGGCUAAGCCAAAGAUGUCUGUGGAUCAUUAGAACUUUUGCUUUCUUAAGUAUUCUCAUGUCCUUAUCAGUGGCACUCCAAAUAAAUGCCAAUAAACUCUCCUUUCUUACUUUGCAGGAGGAAUAGAAGAUCUGUUUGCAAAGACCCUUACACUUUUAUAUUGUAUUGUUUUCUUCAGAUGUCUAUUAAAUGUCUUCUAUUGAAAAAUAAUACCGAAAAUACAAUUUUAGCAAAGUGAUGUGGCAACUCAUUAAAUAUUUGUAAUUUUUAAAUGAUCAGUUUUAGCUAUUAUGUUAGACCUGGGCACAAGUGAGUUUUGAACUUCUGGUAGGCUCAAGAAGAAACCCUUUUUUGAGGGUGCAAGAGUUCUGAUUGGUCAGGUGUUUUCAAUAGCUGCCAGCCUAUGUGUUAAUUACUCCUUUCAUUUAGGAAAAUGCAACAAGAUUUGCUAAUUGAGCAUACUGUGUGUUUGCUGUUGAAGUAUGAAAGAAAACACUGUGAGGAGAAGACUGUAUGAGCCAGUGGUUUGUUUAAAUACUGAUGAACCCGGUAUUUGGCUUUUUCUGCUGUGCUGUGUUAAAAAUUUUGCCUUAAGCAGCAAGCUUUUGUUUUUAACUCUUUACUAGCUGAUACACAUCCCACUAUGCAAUUGAACAAAGGUUCGUUAAAUGCAAGUAUGUGAAAGAUUUCCUGAUGGCUGGGUUUUUAAAUCUGGUUUUAUCAGAGAUUUGGCUAAAGUUAGAAAAAAGCAUUGAGUAGUACCUGUAAGAUUCUGUAUGUCAAGGCUAGCAAGGUAUGGGUAGUUAUUAAAGAGUGUAAGGUUGUAAGGGGAGGCAUUUUGGGAAGCAGCAUAGUCUCAGAGGUGAGGAGCACAUAGCAUAAUAUAGCCACAGACUUUGCAGUGAUAGGUUAAUUCAGAACCCCGCUGAUCGUUAUUGCGUACAGGUUACAUCAACUUAAUGCUUCAUCUUUGGGAAGAGGCUGGCACUUUAGUACAGAAAGUAGCACUUCUGUUGAUUAUUAUUCUGAAGAACUACAAAUUGAAAUGUGCCUGAGCUUACAACACUACAGUGUCAGCAUUGAGUUUGUGCCUUGUAAGUUUGCACUGGCUGUAGAUGCGAAACAUCAUGAGGAUACCCAGAACACUGUUCUGUAAUGGUUGUGCAACUCUGUUGUGCAUACGCUUUGUUUAACGUGCAUUAAAAUAAAAUUGCACAUUUCAUAUGCAUAUGUUAUGUGUACAUAUGCACAUAGAUGAUUGUCUUUUUAUGGGUUUGGGUUUCCUGUAUGUACAUAUUUUUCUGUAGCCAAUAAAUCAUAGGAUGGGUGAAAUUUGCUGUGCUUAAAUGAAGUAAAAUGUACAAUAUCAGUUAUAUUCUGUGAGUAUUCCUUCCGUGUUACUUUCAAGAAUUUAUCACUUUUGUGUAGAUUUUUGUUUCUACGUUUGACAGCUAAACAAAAUACUUAGAGACAGAUUCUUUCAUCUGCAAGGUGCUGAGCUUUUGUUUACUAAUAUAAUGAAAUGUUCUUUCCAAAGGCAUUCAGUUUUACACAGCUUUACUUUGGUCUCGCACUGGAAAAUGUGAAUGUGAUUCAGUGGGCUGCAGAUCUUUCAGUGGGUAAGCGGGGCAAUUCCAGUGUAGAUGCAAGCUACUGUGAUUUGUAAACUUUAUCUUAGUUGCAGCAGGUUUGUUCUCGGUUGCCUCUGGUGAACACUUGAGAGAAGUGGGCUGGCAGGGCUCUCACCUGGAGGUUUGAAGCUAGUGUCUGAAUUACUUGUUAAUUGACCUUUAUAAAUGACAGUCCUUAUGGCAAUCUUAAAAUUCUCAGGAAAUGUGUUUCUUUGUUGUUGUCGUAGGUCUGUUUGUCUGAUGGGUUUCCCUAAACCUAUGUAAUCCCUUAUCUUUAACGUAGAAAAGUAUACUGUAUGUUUUAACUUGCAUCAUGCUGCUUGCUCGGUUGUGGGGCGACAUCUGUAACGGAAACAUUGUUUGGUGUUUCAAGUUGUUUUUAGAAAUAUUCCAAAUAAACACUGCUGGUUAGAAAUGUGGCAGCUC